AAACAACAAUUGGCGCCCGGACAGGGGACUUGCGUAUACUGGAUAAUUAUUGAAGUUUCGGCACUUUCAGACCAUGCUGAAGUCUAAACUGAAUGUCCUCACACUGAAAAAGGAGCCUCUCCCAGCCGUCAUCUUCCAUGAGCCGGAGGCCAUCGAGCUGUGUACCACUACGCCGCUGAUGAAAACCAGAACCCACAGCAGCUGCAAGGUCACCUACCUGGGGAAAGUCUCUACCACAGGCAUGCAGUUCUUAUCAGGCUGCACGGAGAAGCCAGUGAUUGAGCUCUGGAAGAAGCACACGCUCACCCGAGAAGACGUCUUCCCAGCCAAUGCCCUUCUGGAGAUCCGCCCUUUCCAAGUGUGGCUGCAUCACCUCGACCACAAAGGCGAGGCCACGGUGCACAUGGAUACCUUCCAGGUGGCCCGCAUCGCCUACUGCACCGCUGACCACAACGUGAGCCCCAACAUCUUCGCCUGGGUUUACAGGGAGAUCAAUGAUGACCUGUCCUACCAGAUGGACUGCCACGCUGUGGAGUGCGAGAGCAAGCUAGAGGCCAAGAAGCUGGCCCACGCCAUGAUGGAGGCCUUCAGGAAGACUUUCCACAGUAUGAAGAGCGACGGGCGGAUCCACAGGAACAGCUCCUCCGAAGAGGUUUCCCAGGAACUGGAGUCUGACGACGGCUGAACGAACUCACGAUGCUCUGGCGAAGGCAGCAUUGGUCAAGGAGCUCAACAGGAGAGAUGCAACCAUUCAAAUUUGGGAGGAAAAGACUGCCAAACCAUUGGCUGACCAUGCUUUUUAAGUGCAGAGGAGCAAUUCUAAAUCUAAAGAAAUGUAUCAUUAAAGUAAUCCCGUGACAUUGAAAUCUGCUGCUGCUGCUGCUGCUGGGACUUUGAGGAGGGUGGGAGCAUGGAUGGGGAGGAAGGGUCUAGACUUCUUAUUUUUUCCUCAUCUUCCAACACCUCCUGGCGGGAGCUUUCUCUUCCCAUUCUCACCACUCUCAGGCAAAUAUUCUGUGGCUGUGAGUGACGGACCAUUCCAAUCUGCCUUAUGAAAUCCAACAAGAAUGUUUCGAGGCACUCUGGGUUCCGUUAAGGGUGGGCGGUGGAGGGGGCUAAUGCUGCUGCAAAGCCACAGGUGGAGGGAGGGAAAGCUCAGGAUGACUGAGCCCCUCCCAUGCCGCGUUCAGACUCUCCUCAGUAUGCAGAUCAGCACAGCCUUCGUCCAGCUUUACAGCUAACAACCUGAUAGUUGGCAGUUAGUUUGCAGUUAAAGAUAAUGCUUUAUUUACACGAAUAUAUCAAGUAGUACCCUCUUAUUGUAUUCACGUCAUCUAUUUUCUUAGAAUACUUGCAACUACUAAUAAUCCCUUCCUUCCUCCUGCACUGCCCGCCCUCUUUCUCAUGCCAGCAUCCCUGUGAGAGGGAGGGGAUUCUCUCAUAACCUGCACUGCAGGACAUCAAAAGGGAAGAAAACAAGGAAGCAAAUGAAAUAAAUAACAAGCAAACCAACCAGGCAUUUAGAAAAACAGCAGGAACCCCAGAGAAAAGCAGUGAGCUAGCAGCAAGUGAACCCUGCUCUUUUGGGGCUGUCCUUUCCUUAACCCUGUGUCUUGGUAACUAACUUGGCUAAUGUCCUGUUGGAUGCGUCCUUCACGGCAAACUUCCAGUCUGAUUUGGGACCACCAGGGAAGCCUGGCCCCCAUCACUUCAUCUUGCACUCAGGCAGGGAGCGAGUUAGAUAAACUUGGGCUGUCUACAAAAUCCACGUCCAUCUCAACCUAAAGGGACAUCUUGCCUUGUUACCGUAGAGUUCCCCGUGCCCGAGAAUUCUCGUUGCCCAUUUGUUUAUUAUGUAUCAUGAGAAAGUCUCGCCAAGAAAGUACAGACUUCUCAGUUUCAUGGAUCUUUAAAUAUCGUGAAGAAUUGCCAUAUGACUUUGAAAGCAUAUAUGAAAAUACGUGCAUUUAAGGCUGAGAACUGAUCCUCGCUUUCCCCUGUAGGAUUGCUCCUUGAUGGAAGUGUGUUUUUAUUCCUUGUAAUGUUAGGGGCGCUGGGGGGCACCUUAGAAGCCUUAAACGAGAGCUAAUCUAAUCCCGAGAGUGGGGGACUCAGCGUUUGGUCUGUGUAGCCAUGUGUCUGUAUCCUUGUCUCUGUGUGUAGGUGCGUGCCCGUGUGUGGGUCUGGCUUUCUUUCAGGCAUGACCAAUAAGCAUGGAGUCAUACUGAGGAGAACUCGUCUCCUGAGGAAAUGCUUGGCGCUUUCUGACGUAUGUAAAGUAUUCCUUAGCAAACAUGCAUUCACUCUUUAAUAAAAUACGUUUGUGUUA